CACACACAGAACCUAAUUGUUUAUCUCUUGAAACGAACAAUAAUUAAGCAGAACACACAAGUUUAAUUAAAUAAAAAGCCAACGCAACAAAGUUUACAGAGUGAUUUGGCCGGCAUCGUACUUAAUAGAGCACAUCAGCAUAGAGAAAUAAUUACAGCGUGACCGCGACAACACUACACAGCGCUUAUAAGGAAUAAAAUAAUUUGCGCUCUACCCACUGGCCUGACCGUUUAGUCAAACAAUUGUGGAGUGAUUUGCUGCGAGGACCGUUCGUAAAGGCUGGUAAAAUUGGAAAAAUAACUAAGCAUAACACAAAAAUGCCGCCAGCGUCCGCGGUGAACAGUAACAAUGCGGCCGCACAGGCAGCCAAGGCAGAGCGGGCAGAGAAGCUGCGAGGGGCGCUCAGAACCUUCAUCGUGGCGGAUCGCCAGCGUCGGCAGGAGGAAUACGAUGCCUACUGUGAGCAGGUGCGACAGCGACGGGAGGAGGAGGAACGGGAGCGCGAGAACCAGCAGGCCCUGGAGGACACACGGGACGAGAUCACCAAACUGGACGAGCAACUGGCAGAUCUGCACAGUCAGAAGCAUCAGUUGCUGGUGCAGCUAAAGAAGGUGCUCAAUGACGAUGAGACGAGGAAAAAGCAGGCCAAGGAGAACGAACUGUUUGCCAUGCAACAGGCGGCGGCCACUGUGGCCACCUCGGUCUAUCUGCCGACUCUCCGCUUACAACAGCAUCACCAGCAGCUACCGAAGCCACCGCCCGGCAGUCAGGCAGGGAAGCGAGGGCGAAGUCCCUCGCCACCGAAUCAUGCGUACUACAAGAGCUUUGCGCAACAAAGUAAGCCGCCACCCACCCACAGUCCAUUUGCUACUCCUAAAAGGCAUUUUCCCUUACUCUCUGUUGCAGAGCCCACGGCACAGUAUCCCAGCACGGGCACCCUGUUCUAUCAGACGACUGCAGCGCCGCCAACCACACAGCAGCAGGCCGAUGCACGGCUGCAGUCCAUCUACAACUAUGCGCUGCCACUGCGACAGGCGUACCAUGUGGAGCUGCCCAAUGCCACGGUGAGCAAGGCCUCGGACACGCAGUCGCCGAAGACGCAGCCGAUGCAGGUGCUGCACAUCAAUCUGGACCAGCCGCCCAUUUCCCAAUCCGAUUUGGUUGUGCAGGCCACCAGCGUGGCCAGCAGCCUGUCCAUACAGGCAUCCAAGCCGCAGGUGACCAUGGAGAAGCUGCCGGAGCGCUAUCACAUUGAGGUGAAGCACGAUGGUGCGCCACAGAAUCAUGUACCACCGCCGCCGCAUCUGCUGUCGGAGGGUGUGAUCUUUAAGCCGAUGAUGAGCGAGCUCUCAAUGCAUCCCAAUGUGCUGCAAAUAAGCACCAGUCAGAGUUCCAAGACCACUGGCAGCAUUACACAAGGCUUUCCGCCAGUACGUGGCAGCUCUGGCGGCCAUGAGGCACAAUUGAAUCGACAGCAGCUGUCGCUGUUGCCCGGCCAGACGGCCACACCGCCCGUUUCUAGCUCGGGAUCCGCACAGCCAACGGCCGGACAGCAAUUGCAAUAUCCACGACGCUUGUACUAGCUCUAGGAUCUAGUUACUCUCCUUCUAUGAAACUCACUCACUAAUCAAGUUACGAUUUUUAAUGGAGAUUAUAUACUGACUACGCCGCCUUCUGCUUGGCGGUGGCCAAACACACACACGAAAUAAAGCACACACAAUAAUGGCGUCCCUAUUUUCCAAUCGAA